AUGGCGAUGAUGAUGACUGGCCGUGUGCUGCUGGUGUGUGCCCUCUGCGUGCUGUGGUGCGGUGCCUGCGGUGGCAGAUGUCAAGAAGUACUCUUAGUUUCUCAGUCUGAUGUGCCCGGUGAAAUUGAGGGGGAAAGAGGACAUUCACAGGGUUCAUCAGGCUUUAAAACGCCAGAUUCACACACACCAGACUCAGAAACCUCAGUACGAGAUGUUCAACAAGAACAAGAUCCGUCUCCACCUCGUGAGGAAACUCAGUUAGGAACCAAAGGUGGUAAUAAGGUAGGAAAGGCAAAAGAAAAAGAUGAUGCUAAAGAAGCUGGAAAAGAAAGAGAAGUGGAUGGAAAAAUUAUUGAGCCAAAAAAGCCUGAAGACAAACUGACGCCUGUGGAGGGCCAGCAGUUGAAUAACAAUGAAGGCUUGCAGCCAACAUCAUUGAAUGGAGCUCAUGGAGCUGAAACAAUAAAAUCAUCAAGAGAAACUUUGCCAGUUCGUGAAGAUCAACAAGAUUUGUCGAGUUCUCUGCUGCCUCCGUUACACAACACCUCACCGGGUGGAACUCCACCAUCCACAUCUGCAGCUGGCCGUGUUGACACAAAAAGUCGCGAAAACGACAUUGGCACGAAGAAUUCUCAACAGUCUGUGGUAGGAGACAUUGGACAGAAUAAGGACACCGGCGAAAAAGCUGUCGCUUCAACGGAUGAAGAAGAAGGUUCACGAUUGUCAGUCACGACAGUUGAAGGAAUGAGUGAGACAACAACGAAAAGCGACAGCGGCAGCACCGCGACAACUGCAGCUGUACGGUCUGACAUUGGCACAGAAGAAAUUCUGCCCACCAAUCAUCCGAGCCAACCUUCCACUGAAGGCGCCACACCACCCGGAACGACUUCCGAUGGUGAGGCUGCAUCAACCAACAAAUACGAUACAGUCUCUCAGAAUGCAGGUUCCACAACAGCGCCAACCACAAACGUCACAACAACUGAUACGGCGAAGAAAGGCGACAGCGACGGCAGCACCGCGAUCUCCCACACCACCUCCCCUCUUUUGCUUCUUCUUGUUGUUGCGUGUGCGGCUGCUGCUGCGGUGGUGGCCGCGUGA